AUGUCUAUGGAAGAUCGAUACUUUGACGGUGCAGAGAGCCGCCGUGCUCGACCUUUCCGCGCCAAGGGCGUAUACUGUAUACCUGGGUCGCCGGUGACGACGAGGAUCCCGCAGCUGAGUGCUGUGUCGAAAACAGAACCAAACACUAUGCAGCUGCAUCGCAAAGCGUCAAGUCACAGCCUCCAACCUCCGGACUUAACACCUUCAGGAGCUGAGAUGCCAACAAUUUACGCGAGAUGUGACGCCAAACCGAGUUUCAAAAGCACAUACAACUCUCAAAUCCCUCACACGAUCCACCCAACAACGAAGGUCUACACCAUCAUCACCGCCCUCGCCAUCGGCGUCACUUCCGUCGCUGCGACUUGCUACAAGUCCGGCGACUUCUGGCCCAACAAAGAAGAAGCCCGUGCCUUCGUCCACGAUGCCUGCUACAACCAAGGCGGCAUGUUCACCGGCGGUUGGGCCCCUCUGCAGACCAAAUCCAUGUGCCCGCACGCCAAGUCCAACAACUUGGGCUUAUUGUUCGAGAUCGAGAACCAGAACACCCGUGAGGGCUUCGAUCUCAAGGACGACGAUUGCUACAACCGCUUGACCGAUGAGAUCUUCGCUUGUGAGCACGGAGGAGACUCUUCUGUUGCUGGGUGGCGUGUUCGCGAGCUUCGUCUGGAGGUUUGCUGCGGUCAUGCUUUGCGCGGCGAGGCGCUUGAAGGAAAUCACUGA